GGCGCUGCCCAGGGAGCCCCGCCGCGGGGGAUCGCGACCCGCGGCGCCGGGGAUGUUGCGGUGGGUCCGGCAGCAGCUGGGUUUUGACCCACCGCAUCAAAGCGAUACACGAACUAUUUAUAUAGCAAAUCGUUUUCCCCAGCAUGGCCAUUAUGUUCCUCAGAAGUUUGCAGACAACAGAAUCAUAUCAUCCAAGUAUACAGUGUGGAAUUUUGUUCCAAAAAACUUAUUUGAACAGUUCAGAAGAAUAGCCAACUUUUAUUUUCUGAUAAUAUUUUUGGUUCAGCUCAUGAUAGAUACCCCAACCAGUCCUAUUACGAGCGGAUUGCCAUUGUUCUUUGUCAUAACUGUGACAGCCAUAAAGCAGGGUUAUGAAGACUGGCUACGACAUAAAGCAGACAAUGAAGUAAACGGUGCUCCAGUUUAUGUUGUUCGAAGCGGUGGCCUUGUAAAAACUAGAUCUAAAAACAUUCGGGUGGGAGACAUUGUCAGAGUAGCCAAAGAUGAGACUUUUCCUGUUGAUCUGGUGCUUUUAUCUUCUGAUCGAGUGGACGGUUCAUGCCAUGUUACUACCGCAAGUUUGGAUGGCGAAACUAAUCUUAAGACACAUGUUGCAGUCCCAGAAACAGCAGUGUUACAGUCAGUUGCCAACCUGGACAAACUUGUAGCUGUCAUAGAAUGUCAGCAGCCAGAGGCAGAUCUAUACAGAUUUGUUGGAAGAAUAACUAUAAGCCAACAAAUGGAGGAAAUAGUACGACCUCUGGGGCCUGAAAGUCUCUUACUUCGUGGAGCAAGAUUAAAAAACACUAAAGAAAUAUUUGGUGUUGCAGUGUAUACAGGUAUGGAGACAAAGAUGGCAUUAAAUUACAAGAGUAAAUCUCAGAAACGGUCAGCAGUAGAAAAGUCUAUGAAUUCCUUUUUGAUUAUUUAUCUAAUAAUCCUCCUCUUUGAAGCCAUUUUGAGUACUAUUUUAAAGUAUGCCUGGCAAGCUGAAGAAAAAUGGGAUGAACCUUGGUAUAAUGAUAAAACAGAACAUGAAAGGAACAGCAGUAAGAUUCUGAGAUUUAUUUCAGAUUUCCUUGCUUUUCUGGUACUUUACAAUUUUAUUAUACCCAUUUCACUUUAUGUAACUGUUGAGAUGCAGAAGUUUCUUGGAUCUUUUUUUAUUGGCUGGGAUCUUGACCUCUAUCAUGAAGAGACAAAUCAGAGAGCUCAAGUAAAUACUUCAGACCUCAAUGAGGAACUUGGACAGGUAGAGUAUGUGUUUACAGACAAAACUGGUACGUUAACUGAAAAUGAGAUGCAGUUUCGGGAGUGCUCCAUUAACGGCAUAAAGUACCAGGAGGUCAAUGGCAAACUGACUCCAGAGGGGUUUUCUGAAGAUUCUCCAGAUGGAAAUAGGCAUACUUUGAUGAAAGAGGAAGAACUCUUCUUGAAAGCAGUUUGUCUUUGUCAUACAGUACAGAUCAGUGCAGACCAAACAGAUGGUGCCGAUGGGCCCUGGCAUGCCAAUGGAAUAGCAUCCCCAUUGGAGUAUUAUGCUUCUUCACCAGAUGAGAAAGCUUUAGUUGAAGCUGCAAGCCGGGUUGGAGUAGUAUUUAUGGGAACUAGUGGGGACAGUAUGGAAGUAAAAAGUCUUGGAAAACCAGAAAGGUACAAGUUGCUUCAUGUUUUGGAGUUUGAUCCAAAUCGCAGACGAAUGAGCGUCAUUGUAGAGAGUCCCUCGGGGGAAAAGCUUUUAUUCACAAAGGGAGCAGAAUCUUCCAUUCUUCCUCGUAGUAAGAGUGGAGAAAUAGACAAAACAAGGAUACAUGUUGAUGAAUUUGCUUUGAAAGGACUACGAACUUUGUGCGUGGCAUAUAGAAGGUUCACACCAGAGGAAUACCAGGAAAUUGGCAAACGCCUUCAUGAGGCCAGGACUGCCUUACAACAGCGGGAAGAAAAAUUAGCAGAUGUAUUCAACUUCAUAGAAAGGGAUCUGGAACUGCUUGGGGCUACUGGAGUAGAAGACAAACUGCAGGAGAAAGUCCAAGAAACUAUAGAAGCACUCAGAUUGGCUGGUAUCAAAGUGUGGGUUCUGACUGGAGAUAAGCAUGAAACGGCUGUUAGUGUCAGUUUGUCAUGUGGACACUUUCAUAGAACCAUGAACAUCCUUGAACUUGUACAGCACAAAUCAGACAGUACAUGCGCAGAGCAGCUGAGGCAGCUAGCCAAGAGAAUAAAAGAAGACCAUGUUAUCCAGCAUGGUCUGGUAGUGGAUGGGACCAGCCUCUCUCUUGCACUCAGGGAACAUGAAAAACUGUUCAUGGAAGUUUGUAAAAGCUGUUCUGCAGUGUUGUGUUGUCGUAUGGCACCGCUUCAGAAAGCAAAGGUAGUGAGACUGUUAAAAACAUCUCCGGAAAAACCUAUAACAUUAGCAAUUGGUGAUGGUGCUAAUGAUGUGAGCAUGAUACAAGAAGCACAUGUUGGCAUAGGAAUCAUGGGCAAGGAAGGAAGACAGGCUGUAAGAAAUAGUGACUAUGCAAUAGCACGAUUUAAAUUCCUCUCCAAGUUGCUUUUUGUUCACGGGCACUUUUACUAUAUUAGAAUAGCAACCCUUGUACAGUACUUUUUCUAUAAGAAUGUGUGCUUUAUUACACCACAAUUUUUAUAUCAGUUCUUCUGUUUGUUUUCACAACAGACCCUCUAUGACAGUGUAUACCUGACUUUGUAUAAUAUUUGUUUCACUUCCUUGCCUGUCCUCAUCUACAGUCUUUUUGAACAGCAUGUGCAUCCGCAUGUAUUGCAGAGUAAACCUGUGCUUUAUCGAGACAUCAGUAAAAAUGCUCAUCUUGGGUAUAAACCAUUUCUUUACUGGACCAUCUUGGGCUUCUUGCAUGCAUUUGUUUUCUUUUAUGGUUCGUAUCUUCUAAUGGGAGAAGACACUUCAUUGCUGGGAAAUGGCCAGAUGUUUGGAAACUGGACAUUUGGUACUUUAGUCUUCACCGUUAUGGUUAUAACCGUUACGAUGAAGAUGGCGCUGGAAACUCACUUCUGGACAUGGAUAAACCAUUUCGUUACUUGGGGUUCCAUUGUGUUUUAUUUCAUAUUCUCCUUAUUUUAUGGGGGAAUUAUCUGGCCAUUUUUACAUACCCAGGAUAUGUACUUUGUAUUUGUUCAGCUGUUGUCAAGUGGUUCUGCUUGGUUUGCCAUAAUACUCAUAGUAGUUGCUUGUCUGUUUCUUGAUGUUGUGAAGAAAGUGCUGUACAGGCAUCUACAACCAACAAGUACUGAAAAAGCUCAGAUGUACUCCAACAGAGUUGCUUUAAGUGACGAGUUCAUCGCACUGCAGCCAUUGUCCAGGGCAAGGAAUCAGCUGAGCAAAAUUAGGUGUUUACAGAAGUUCAUUGUGUUAGUAAAUGUUAACGUGUCCGGAAGACCUCCAGAACGAGUGGGAGUUCUGACUGCACUUCUUGUCCAUGGCAUCCGAUACACAGCAACUGCAUCAAAGGUUUCAGUCUGUAAUCCUUGUUGCUUUUCUCUUACUGAGACAGGUUCAAGUAUCAACUGCAUGGACUCCAUGUGCUGCUUCUCAGAUGGGGAAACAGCAUGCACAUCUAUUAGAAGAAUGCUGGAACGACUAAUGGGAAGAUGUAGUCCAACCCGGGUCAACAGAUCAUGGAGUUCAUCGGAUCCCUUCUAUGCCAACGACAGAAGCAUCUUGACUCUCUCCACAAUGGACUCAUCCACUUGUUAACAGGGACAUUUGUAAAUACCUUGUGGAAGCCAAGUGGUGCUUACGUACCUGUAGUAGGUUCUGAAGGGAGUACAGUUCUACAUCCCUGCCCUAGGCAGGACUAGUGUGACUUAAAGGCAAACUGGCUGUCCUGUAGUCAAGCAUAGCGGUCAUCUGGACUGUAUUUGCUUCCAAUAUUUUUUCUAAUGAUAUCCACAAAUUGCUAAAUUUUUUUGAUAAGAAACACUUUCAGCUCUCACCAUUAAAUCUUUUUUGUUACCAUAUUAGCAGAUUGGAACCUUGUAUUUGAUAUUUGAGAUGCUGGUACAACACAGUGCAAAAUCUUCUCCCAAAUGCAAGCGAUCAAAUAGAACUUGCACAAUGAAACGUAAGUGGAACAUAAUGAAAUUAGAUUGCCCUUUACUGCACACGCACUGAGUUUGAACUGUCUUUUACAGCUGCUAUCUUAGCGGGUUGCAGAUCAGAUUAUUGUUUCCAUGGACGGUUUCUAAAGUGUUUAAAUACUCAGUAAUUUUAGAGAUAAAUAUUAUUCAAAUAUUUGUGCUGGUGUACGAAUGGCAAUUUUAUCAGUCAUCACUUUGAGAAACAGCGUGCAUCGGUCAUUUGGAGUCGUGAGGAUUUAACAGGUCACUGUUUUCUUGAAGUGUGAUUCAAAGCCAGUCAUCUUCUCUAACAAGCGUUUCAUUAACCAGUCACAAACUUGAUGUGGAAAAAUGGGUAAGAAGCAGUGGCUCGUGCAGGUGUCUCACUAGCAUAAAUUUUUGAGUGAGGAAUCCUUUUAAUGUUGGUGAACCUUUGCAUGUUUUAUUCUUUUUCAUGUAUUUAUAUUUGGCCGCAUUGUACGUUGAAGAUGCAAUUAAUGCUUAAUUAUCUUCAUAUAUCUGAAGAAUCUGAGACAUUGGUGGCAGUGUUUUGAUACCUAAGUAUGUCAAUAAAAACAAAUUGCACCAAUGCAGCUUUGAAUGGUACAUGAUACAUCUUGCAGGUACUUUUUUUUUCUCAUCAGUUUAAAUAAAUGUGUCUUCAUGUUUGGGGAAGGAUAACAACAUUUGCCUCUUUGUUCUGCUGUGUUGGCCAGAGCUAUUAGGGUUCUUUCUUUAUAUGUGAGAGCUAAAUGAAGGUUAGAGCUUUGUCUUAGGUAGUCCUCAGGUGCAGGCCAGGAAAAAUGCUGCUGUGUUUGGACACCUGUUUGGGAAUCCAGUUUGAAGUCAGUCUCUGAAGUCCUAUCACUAUUGAAAGAAUCUUCCUGCCAGCCAGCAGAAGGUAAAAAGCAAUGUAUUAAAAUUCUCAGUGAAAGAAACUUGAUCAAACAGACUGUAAAUAGCUAAUAGCUCCUGUAACAACUUCUUAACUGAAGAUGCCGUUAAGCUUGAGAUUAGUACAAAACCAGCAGCUGCUCUCAGCACACCUGCAGGGGUUUCCCCUAUUGGCCUGAGUAAGUUACUUGUCUUAGCAGUUUCUCAUUCUGAGACAGUCUUCUAUCUGACAUCAAUAUCUAAGACGUCUCUAAAAACUCUAACAGAUAUCUGCUGUUUUGUCAUAUCUUUUGUGUGUAAGCCACCAUGUUUCACUGUUGAGAAGUGUGUGUUUGUCUGUCACCCACAGCACCCAGGCAGAGUGUGUGACUGUUGGGCCUCAUUAGCUAGCUCAUCUGUGUGUCUGGCUGGUGCACCAUGUGUGGAAAUAGACACUGUGCUUCACUCUGUCAGAAUGUCAGAGGGUUUGACAACCCCACUCCGAACACUUAGAUUGGGUCAGGCUCUGUACAGAAAUGUUUGUUGGCUUUUACCAUACAAGUAUGUUAAUUAUGUACACAGAAGAUUCACAGUCCUGAACUUGAAGAAUAAUUUACAUUGAUUAUAUGUAUUUCUUUAAAACCUUCCAUCUCCUCUUGUCCCUCUUCCCCUGCUUUCCCUUUUCCCAGUGUUUGUAAGGUUACCGAAGAAACACGCAUUUAAACUGUUCAGGAAGAACUUAAGAAUCCAUCUGUCUGCCAAGGUAUAUUUUUCUAUUUGCAGUACAAGUUAAACCUGUAAUUUAUCAUUUAAUGAGUAUAGAAUCAGUUUGCACAUGACCAGAUUUUUGGUCUGGCAAACACUUAGUUAGGACCAUAUGUUUUUGUAAAUAUGUCACAGAUGAUUGAGAAUUGCUUUUGCUCAAGGAAGAAAGCUGUUGUGUAUUUCUCUGACAGUUAAAGUGUAUGAAACACUCGUGCACUGAGUCUACUGUAAAAGUCAGUCAGUCUUGACAAAGAUGACAGCACAAAAUACAGCUUACUCCAUUCAAAGAAGAAUUCAGCUCUCUGAUUCAAUGGUGAGGGAGACUGUGCUGUAGGAAGGAAAUAAAGAACUAUGAUAGAGCUGGGUCUCAGCCUUGAAGCCCAUAACGUGGCAGGAAAGCAAGCAGUCCGUUAAAGCAAGUUACCAGACUUUGGCUUUUUAACCAUGCAGCAAAGAGGGAGUGGGAAUAUGUUCCAGUUUAUUCACAAACUAGAAUGUGUGUAGAUUCUGCUUAAAAUAUUCUGUGUAUUAAGGCAAUGGAGGAAGGAAUUUAAAAAAAAAAAAAAAAAAGCGAAGGAAGAACUCAUUCUGAGUUCUUGUUUUCUAGUACAAAACAUUAUGCAGCUCAACUCAGAGUGCGUAUAUAUUAGGCAACCAUAAUUUCUUACUGGAACCUUUAGUAAUACUUUCCAAACGUUCUUUUUUAUGACUAGCUUCUAUACUGGGGGGAAAAAAGUCUCAUUUUCUAGUGUUAGAAGUGUCUGUCUCAAAGCUGUUGAAUCAGUAGUCUAUAUUAUUUUUAAUAGUUUUGUUUUCUUUGACACUUCCAUACUUAUUGAAAUUUAGUGUCCAAAAGUGCAUCAUGUGUUUGUGAGCCAUUUAAGCUGUCCUUCUUUUGCUCUGGAAAAUAACUUACUUACUUAAUAGCUAUAACCACCAGCACUGCACCUGCUUUGUUCUACCUUUUUUUUAAUGGAGAUGCAUUCCUAGAGCUGGGUGAACCAGCCAUCCUGAAAUAUGGAUUAAUUUCAGCCUUCUCUUCUCGUUUCUAAAUUAUUUCCUACUUAGACUUUUGUUGCAGGCUGUUUCUUUCUUUCUGUGACUCUUUAUUGUUGGCUGGUUUGUAUGUUCUUUGCUUCUGUUUGCUUCCAGUGGUAUGACUUCUCUGGUUUCUGCUUCCUAUUUGAUUGGCUCAAUUUACAAACAGGAGGAAAGAUGGGAUGCUCAUGGCUGCACCACCUCACUCUUGCCCUCGAUCAGCUUAAAUGCAUUCGCAUCGGUAUUUGCGAGGCUUCUGCUUCCCUUAGAUUGUUCAGCUGCUCAUAGAGAUGUCAGCACUGGCUCUGCUGCCCACGCUUCUGUGGCUUUCGUUGAAAGGAAUGUUCUCAUCACGUUGAUGUAUUUGCCCUGCUCUAGGUGUUGCCAUAUUACCUCGCUGUUCUACAAUAAGUAUAUAAAAUUGUCAUUGUAGAUACGACUUCUUUGUUGCUGUUUCUGGUUUGUAUAAAUGCAUGGACAUGAAUAAAAGCUGAUGGGCCGUGGGCCAAAGAUCUCUAUAUGUAAUAUGAAGUGAUAAGAGAUGGAAAAUACUGCAGAUUACAGCAGUGUGACUUGCCUAAAAGAAAUCCUACGCUUCACCCAAAUGGGAUGCAGUGUGUAUGUUCCUCAGCACUUUUACCUGGAGUAGCAGCAGAGUUCAGUCAUUCUCAUCUUUUCUGCAUUGUGGCAAUGAAUUUUAAAAAAAUAUAUACAUAUAUCACUGUUUUCCUCUGUUGCUGGUAUGGGUUAUAAUGGGGUUCGCUUUCAGAUACGAAGAGGAUGCAAGGAAGUGACUUUCUAAAUUUCCAGUUAUGUUCCUACUGUAGAUUUCACCUCUUAUGCACACUUACCAUCACUCCUUCCUCCUGGGAGGGACAUCGAGUUCUCCUUGCUCCUUUUUUUUUUUUUUUUGAGAAAAAAAAACCAACAUGAAUAGGAAAAGCAUGUGAGGGUACCAUGUUAACGAAGUCGAUCCUUAAUUUUAGGCAAUUAAGGAUCACAGGCAAGUGGUAACUGUAGCAAUAAUUAGUUCUAAGAAUUCUGGACCUGUGACACUGUGGCUGCCUCGUGUUCCUUCUGACGCUGACAGCGCAUCUGUGUGCUUGCGCAUCGUGCAGCUCGGGCAGUAGAAGUUGCUUUAUGGUUUAUGGAAAUGAAUUAUAUUUAUUAAAUAAAACUUUCGCUUACA